AAUUCCUUUUAUACAGAACUUGAACAUCAUUAUCCGAUUGGUCAAACCAUCCACCCUCCCACUCCGAUAACAUGACGAUGACGAGAUUCUACGGCCAAUCGGAGUGUGUGUAAGGCGAGGGUGUUUGGUAUGCUCUGGGACAGGGCAGCUUGUUCGCAGUAAUUCAAGGUUUUGACUGUGUAACAAUAUUGUGUUAUCGUUGUUUGUUACAAGAGAAAUAAUUCGUUUUUACAAUAGCCGCGAAAUCUCGUUGGAUUUAAGUUAGCUGCGCAUAGAAUGGCUGCAGUUUUUGAUAUUGAAUUACACGAUGCAGACACGGUAAAUAGGGACGAGUCUGAUGAUGAUGUUAUCGAGAUUGGCGAGGAAGAAUACGAUGCGAAUCCAAAUGUGAAUGAAAUAACCGACUCGGAAGGUGUCGAGACAGUUCCAAUAUCAGAACAAAAUGUUAAUCGCGGAAGGGAAAGAGCUGGACCACAGGAUUUCGAGCUAUGCAAAGUUAUUGGGAAGGGUGGUUAUGGCAAGGUUUUUCAAGUGCGUAAAAUAACGGGUAAUGACAGUGGCACAAUCUUUGCGAUGAAGGUCUUACGUAAAGCUUCAAUUAUAAGGAACCAGAAAGAUACUGCACAUACUAAGGCUGAAAGAAAUAUUUUAGAAGCUGUAAAGCAUCCUUUCAUCGUAGACCUUAUGUAUGCUUUUCAAACUGGUGGAAAAUUAUAUUUAAUUCUGGAAUAUAUGUGCGGUGGUGAAUUAUUUAGACAUUUAAAUGAUGAAGGCAUUUUUCUUGAAGAAACUGCUUGCUUCUAUCUAUCGGAAAUAAUAUUGGCCCUUCAACAUCUUCAUUUACAAGGAAUUAUUUAUAGAGAUUUAAAACCAGAAAAUAUCUUGUUAGAUGCAGAGGGACAUAUAAAACUAACAGAUUUUGGUUUAUGCAAAGAACAUAUACAAGAUGGUACUGUUACACACACAUUUUGUGGUACUAUAGAAUAUAUGGCUCCAGAAAUUCUAACAAGAAGUGGACAUGGUAAAGCAGUAGACUGGUGGAGCCUUGGAACUUUAAUGUAUGAUAUGCUUACAGGUUCACCACCAUUUACAUCUGAUAAUAGAAAGAAAACUAUUGAAAAAAUUUUACGUGGUAAAUUAAAUCUUCCACAAUAUUUAACACCUGAUUCUCGAGAUCUCAUUCGAAAAUUGUUGAAGAGACAAGUUGCACAAAGAUUAGGAUCCGGUCCGUCUGAUGCAGAACAAAUAAAAAAUCAUCAAUUUUUCAAGCAUAUCAAUUGGAAUGAUGUUAUCUCUCGUAAAUUAGAACCACCAUUUAGACCAACAUUAGCAAGCGAGGACGAUGUAUCACAAUUUGAUAAAAAAUUUACGACAUCUGCACCAAUAGAUUCCCCUGCAGAAUACACAUUAAGUGAAUCUGCUAAUAGAGUAUUUCAAGGAUUUACUUAUGUAGCACCUAGUAUACUUGAAGAUAUGUAUUCGCAGCCACGAGUAAUAAAUGCUAAAAGUCCACGUAGAGGCAAUAUGCGUGGUUUUUCUCCACGAACAACGCACUUUCAUUUACAUAAUAAUCAUAUGCAAAAUCAUAGACAUAAUGGAGUUGGACACGGCAACGUAGAAGAUACAGAAAUGAUCGAAAUAGGCUAACUGCCACUUUUUCUUAUAGUGAAAAAAUGCUUAGCAUUUCGGCCUAACUGCUAAAUAUCCAUGACCAAUCCUUGUGUCUCAGGGAGGGAUUUUAUAAAAUAUAGAUGGAAUAGCAAAAGGAUAGGUCCAAUAUCCAUUGCUUCAUUGGAUAUUCAGCAGUUAAAUUUAGCUAAUUUUUUUUUUUUAAAAUCAAGUUUAAUUAUGAUAAAGGUACUAAUUAAGAUUAUGCUUUAAGUACAGCGACGCAGCAGUUAUUUGGUAGCAUAUAAUAAAAAAAUAUAUAUUUAUGAGUAAAAAAGCUCUUGCAACAUAAAUAAUCAAGAGGGAAGAAGUUUUAUUUACUUAUUUUCGUUGGUAACUAUGUACUGAAUAUUAUAAAGAUAUAUUAUUCGCAUACAUUAG